CUUGGUAUGAUUCUUCCAGGACGGCAACACCACUGCUUAUCCAGGUGUCACUCGUGCUGUAUUGUAUGCAAGACCAUCCAACAUCUCUCUCGGCCUCAAAUCUCGGCCGAUAUGCCCCUGGUCUGACCUGGAAUCUCCCUUUCAGCGCCUUCCGCCCACGCGCCCGUCGUCCGACUACCAGUGCCAGACUACACGUCAACCGCGCAAUUCACCAAAUAUCGUCAUCCACUCAGGGUAUGCGAAUCUGCAGAUUCAAUGACCUCGACUUGACUCUCGAAUCGAAGCUCUGCCAGCGACGUUGAGACGAGUCGUCCGAUUCUCGGUCAACUGAACCUUUCCGGGUUCAAAACGAUACAUUUCUCACCACCGUGCAAUGUCGACGCCUUCGACUCUGCCUCCUCACCUUCACAACUACGGAUAUUCCCACCAUCAGAAUUACCAAUCCACCAACGGCUAUCGAGCGAACAACAAUACACUCUUGAACGGCGGCAGCCGGUUGGGAGCGUCAUACACCUUUCCGACCCCUUCGAGUAACGGCGGCACAUCAUCGAACAUCGUCGGUGUACCCGACCCCUCACGAAUAAGUCAAAACACAACACAACCUUCGAGACUCGAAAUAAAUCCCGCAGAAAUGCCUGCCACGUCAUCCGCCGUCGCUAAACAAAAUCCCAAGAAGAGACAAAGAUCAAGAGAGCCUCGGAAUCCCGACUGGAAAAAAUUCUAUGAGAAUGGUCUUCCCAAAGAAGUUAUUGUCAUAGAUGAUUCUCCAACCCCAGACCCCUCUGCUUCUGUUCUGUCAAAUGCCCAGGCAGGUCGCACUACCAUCGCCGGGAAUAGCAGACACGCCGCGAAGAAGAGGAGAUGCGAUGACGUCGGACCCCCAUAUGACCCUGUCUAUCAUCUCGAGCCCUCAUAUUCGAACAAUGUAAGCCCUGAAUACAAAGAUUCAACAGGAUCUGCCUCUACCGACAGAACAACUUCUGCCAUUCACACCACUGCAGCGACAUCGUUGGGGUCGCACUCAUCAAAUGGCCAAAAUGGUUACGAAGUAGCUGCGCAGGCUGGCACGAAGAGGAAGAGACAGACAACCCGACUGCAGACAACCAAUGAGGCCAAGAGAAAGGAGUUGGAGGUCAACGGAGAUGCAUUUUCAAACUACAAGCCUCCUCCCAAGCCACCGAUAAAAGCUCCUGAUGUUCAGGUCAAGCAGGUUUCUGAUAACUCAUAUACCAAAAACACCAAGGUGGAUGAUGAUGAUGGCCAUUAUAUAGUCGUUCCAGAGUCAGAUCUCACAGAAAGAUACCAAGUCUCAAAGUUGCUUGGACAGGGAACCUUUGGCAAAGUAGUCCAGGCCAGGGAUCGACAAACCAAGAGGUCUGUUGCAAUCAAGAUCAUCCGCUCUGUGCAGAAGUACAGAGAUGCCUCGAGAAUCGAGCUUCGAGUCCUUGCGACACUGAAGGCGAACGACAAGGAGAACCGAAAUCGAUGCAUACAUCUCAGAGAUUGUUUCGAUUACCGAGGGCAUAUCUGCAUUGUCAUGGACUUACUUGGCCAGAGUGUGUUUGAUUUCUUGAAGGGCAACUCGUUUGUUCCAUUUCCGAACAGUCAGAUUCAGAGUUUUGCCAGGCAGCUCUUCACCAGCGUUGCCUUCUUACAUGAUCUCAACUUAAUACACACCGAUUUGAAGCCGGAAAACAUCCUUCUCUGCGAUAGCGCAUACCAGGCUUUCACCUAUAGCCGCAAAAUUCCAUCUUCCUCGACAACAGUAAAUCGCCAAGCUGCACAGAGGAAAGUUCUUCUCGACACCGAGAUUAGACUCAUUGACUUUGGCUCUGCUACCUUUCAGGACGAGUACCACUCUUCGGUCGUGUCAACGCGCCACUAUCGGGCGCCUGAGAUUAUCCUUGGCCUUGGAUGGUCCUUUCCCUGCGACAUUUGGAGCAUCGGCUGCAUAUUGGUUGAGUUCUUUACUGGGGACGCUCUUUUCCAGACACAUGACAACCUGGAGCACCUAGCCAUGAUGGAGAGUGUGUGUAAUAAGAAGUUGGACAACCAUCUCAUUCAAUCCGUCAAUGCGAUGGCGAAGAGAAACGGAGAAAAUCCAGCUGCGAAGUAAGAAGUCUCUGAAUCCAAACUGCAGCAUCAUAUUAACCAUUGUAAAGGUUCUUCAAGCGGUUAAAGCUUGACUAUCCGCAACCCGAGACCACCAGAGCUUCAAGACGAUUCGUGAAGGCUAUGAAGCAUCUCAAUGUAAGUGUCUCAAAACAGGGCUGUAUCAGACCGCCAUUGCUGACAUGAUGUAGGAAAUCAUCCCGGAUAGCAACAAGUUCUGCAGGAACUUCCUAGACCUUCUCGAGAAGAUCUUUGUAUACGACCCAGCAGAACGUAUCACCGCUAAGCAAGCUCUUCAACACCCGUGGUUUAAGGAAGCAGCAACACCGGAUGAUGGCACAGAAGCCGCGAAAAUCCGGGCCAAUAGACAAGCUGCACUCGCUGCGGCUAGUCAACAAGCACCUGCACCUCCACGCAGUAAUGGCUACCGUUAGGAGGAUAAGAAGUUAACAUAAUGCAUGAAUGACGGCGUCUGGGUAUGGGGGGAUGGAGCAAGUUCAUUUUUACGCACUUGGAUGGUUCACCCUGUUGGUUCAAGGCACGCAUGGUGGAGUGAUAAUUUGUUCCGAUUAGGGAUGGUGUUCUGUCACAACAUUUCGCUUCUGGAAUCACUUCUAGGCGUUGUGCUUCUUCCACGAUGUGGACAAAAUUCCUGAGUUUGUUCUCAGGUCCGAUGUAGAAAAUUCACAGAAGCCUGAUUUUUACAAUUGCCCAAGCCGAGUGCAUAUGAGAAGAUCUUGUAUUUGAUUGUUAGAGUGGUGGGACUUUGUUGAUACUGUUUAUCCCCCGAGGGUCCAGCUUGUUUUACUAGCUCUACUCUAGGUAGUAGAUGAGCUCUUGGAGGAUAAAUGGAGACAAACACCAACGUCAUGACCUUCCAUCGUUUAUCAUCUCAGACUUCAAUUGGCCGUGGGUGCAUCUCCACAACUGGCAAGAUAGCUCGUGGCUGAAUUCUGAUAUCCUUAGCAGCUUGUCUUCUCUCGACCAGAACUGAAAGAUUGAUGCUGUAAUUCUACCAUGAGGCAGUUGCUUGUGAGUUGUAAGAUGCCAUGUAUCUAAACGUAAGGAACGACUCAUUUUUCAGUCAUGUGUUCUGUAGAGCUUCUCACAAUGUUGAUUCUGGCGAACCUAAGCUCAGCACUGUAGCAACCUCUUGAUAACUUUCUCUCCUACCACAUCUACUCAUUCAGUAGCAUAUUCUUAAUUACAUAUCUAGUGUUGUGUGAA